AUGUAUAGCAAGAGAAGACAAAUGACAAGAAUCGGAACCUCAUUAAUGGCUCAUAACUUUGUCUACAUGAUCCCCAGAAGAUUGUCUGGAAGGCAGGGUCAGCCAGAACACGUGAGUCAUGCCGAGCAACAGCUGACCAAGAAGUUUCCGCCGUCGUCUUUCCGUCGGCUCGACAACAUGCAUUUGCCGUUGCAAUCGUCGACGUUAUGCUUAGCCACUUAG